GGACGAUCCUGCUUUCUUCAAUUUAACCUCUUUAUAGCUGUUCAUUUAUGUACAUUUGACGUGUCACCCGGUGAUCCUGAUACUUGUUACACGUGUACGGAAAAAAAAUACAGAUUUCUUAUUUCCUAGUAUCAUAUACAAGAAUCGACGAUGACAGCAUUAAUGGUAUUACAUAAAUUCUGGUUGGAGUACACGAAAAAUACACCUAAGAAACUGAAAAUUAUCGAUGCGUACUUAUUGUACGUGUUUCUUACUGGCGUUACUCAAUUCAUUUAUUGUUGUCUUGUCGGCACAUUCCCCUUCAACAGUUUUCUCAGUGGUUUCAUAUCCUGCGUAUCCUGCUUUAUUCUAGGAGUUUGUCUUCGAUUGCAAGUUAACCCGCAAAAUAAAAGUCAGUUUCACGGUAUAAGCCCAGAAAGAGGAUUUGCAGACUUUAUUUUUGCACAUAUCAUUCUACAUAUUGUUAUAAUGAAUUUCAUUGGAUAGAGAUACACAAAUGUGUUAUUAAAGCAAAUCAACAUACUUCAUAUUUUGUUAAAGAAUAAAUUAUUUCUGAUAGAGUAUA